UAGCCUAGAUAUGCUCAAAUGUCAGUGUGAGUCAUAAUGUCAGCUUCUGAAAGCUUCAAUGAGCAUUUUGUUAAUCAAAUUUGAAGGACAUUAAUAUUACAGUUUCACAUAGGUCAACUUCCUGCUAUGAGAGAUGUGCUUCAGUUAGACCCAAUGAUAAACUUCGCUGCAUUCAACUGCUCUGCGCAAGAGUAAACGCGAGAGUCGAGGCGGUGGGUAAGAUAAGAUAGGCAAACGUAUUUCCUGUACUGUACCUGAUUCUACAUUGUUGUCUUGCCUACAAAGUGUAAACUCACAAGUUGUUAAAUCAGCCCCUGGAAAAUGCAAGCCAUCAAGUGUGUGGUGGUUGGAGAUGGUGCUGUGGGAAAGACAUGCCUGCUCAUCAGCUACACAACCAACGCCUUCCCUGGAGAGUACAUCCCCACAGUGUUUGAUAACUACUCAGCCAAUGUGAUGGUGGACAGUAAGCCAGUGAACCUGGGACUGUGGGAUACAGCAGGACAGGAGGACUAUGACAGACUCAGACCUCUGUCCUAUCCUCAGACGGAUGUGUUCCUCAUCUGCUUCUCUCUGGUGAGCCCAGCAUCGUUUGAGAACGUCAGAGCCAAGUGGUACCCUGAGGUACGACACCACUGCCCCUCCACACCCAUCAUCCUUGUGGGCACCAAGCUGGAUCUGAGGGACGAGAAGGAAACCAUUGAGAAGCUGAAGGAGAAGAAGCUAGCGCCCAUCACCUACCCACAAGGCUUAGCACUAGCCAAAGAGAUAGACUCGGUGAAGUACCUGGAAUGCUCUGCCCUGACCCAGCGGGGGCUGAAGACGGUCUUUGACGAGGCCAUCCGAGCGGUGCUGUGCCCCCAGCCCACCAAGGUGAAGAAACGACCCUGUCUACUCAUCUGAUCUCAGACCUGUGGAUAGACCAAGAGGGAAGGGCUCAGGAAUCACACAACAGCAAAUGUUGAUUUUAGUUAAAUACAAAGUUUGGCAGUUUUACAAAGUGGUCUAAUGUUCAGAUGAGUCAACAUAUGUAGUGUUGAGUCUUGCCAUCUGUACUGUAUAUCCAGCUAUAAUUACAGUAUAUAGUGUAUGCCUCAAUCCCAAAUGAAUGGAAGAUAGUUGGACCGUCGGAUUGUACCAUUACAGAUGGUGCCUACCUUUCCCACUGGUUGGGGAUUGAGGCAUAUAGCUGGAUCUAUGAUUCUUCUCAAUGUUAGAUCACUGUUUAGGUCUGAAAACAACCAUCAGACUUUCUGGAGCAUCAAUAUAAAUGUCCUUAAUAUUUUCAAGACAAAUCCUGGAUAUGUACACAUGGAUAAGUGUUUUAGAUUCAUAUAUUGGUAUUGGUUUUGGUUUCUGACUCAUGAUCUAUAUGAUUUGUUAAUGCAGUGACUGAUCCUUACUGUACAAGAAAGACACUGAAAAAUACAUAGACAAAACAAUACAGUGUGUAUAGUCAGAAAUGUAUUGCACCAUCCUAAUAUAAGAAACUUUCUAAAAUGAUCAUGUUGUUUACUCUAUAAAAUGUAUUUUUCAUAUUUUGACAUGAUACAGCAUUCUACUAUAUUUCUAAGGUACCGUAUUACUUUUCUCUCUAUUACAAUUUAAUUUAACACAAAAAAAACAUAUGUGUGUGUGUGUUUAUGUGUCCCCUUGCCCUUAGAACAGCCUCAAUUCGUUGGGGCAUGGACUCUACAAGGUGUCAGAAGCGUUCCACAGGGAUGCUGGCCCAUGUUGACUCCAAUGUUUCCCACAGUUUUGUCAAGUUGGCUGGAUAUCCUUUGGGCGGUGGACCAUUCUUGAUACACACGAGAAACUGUUGAGCGUGAAAAACACAGAAGCGUUGCAAUUCUUGACACAAACUGGUGCGCCUGGCACCUGCUACCAGACCCCGUUCAAAGGCGCUAACAUUUUUUGUCUUGCCCAUUCACCCUCUGAAUGGCACACAUACACAAUCCAUGUUUCAAUUGUCUCAAGGAUUAAAAAUCCUUCUUUAACCUGACUCCUCCCCUCCUCCCCUGUUAAAAAAAAAGGUAUACUCAGUGAUAAGUACAGCAUGCCAGCUUGUAUUUGAGGGUAUUAUCAUACAUACAUGACCUGUUUUGCCAUUUGGAAAUGAAAGCACUUUAUGUUUCUCGUCCCUCCAUUUGAAGAAAUCAUAAGUAUUUGGACUUAAGUCAAAAGUUUAGCAUUUGGUACCAUUUUCCUUGCACACAAUGACUACAUCAAGCUUGUGACUUUUCAAAUGUGUUGGGUGCUGGCCUCCCGAGUGGCACUGCACUCAAAGGCACUGCAUCACAGUGCUUGAGGCGUCACUACAGACCCGGGUUUGAACCCGGGCUGUGUGGCAGCCGGCUGCGACCGGGAGACCCAUGAGGCGGCGCACAAUUGGCCCAGUGUCGUCCGGGUUAGGGCAGGGUUUGGCCCGGCCGGGAUGUCCUUGUCCCAUUGUGCUCUAGCGACUUCUGUGGUGGGCCGGGCGCAUGCAUGCUGACACGGUCGCCAGUUGUACGGUAUUUCCUCUGAUACAUUGGUACGGCUGGCUUCCAGGUUAAGCGAGCAGUGUCAAGAAGCAGUGCAGCUUGGCAGGGUUGUGUUUCGGAGGAUGCAUGACUCCGUACGUGAGUUGCGGUGAUGGGACAAGACUGUAACUAACAAUUGGAUAUCAUGAAAUUGGUGAGAAAAAGGGGUAAAAAGUUUUUUUUAAUUAAUAAAUUGUUGGGGGCUUUUGUGGUUAGUGUUUCUGAUUAUGUUUUGGAACUGAAUGGUGAAUAAUGUCUUGUGCCAAUAUGUUUCAUGUGGAUGCUACCAUGAUUAUUGCUAAUCGUGAAUAAUGAUAUGGGGCACAAAGUCGAAUGGCAUUAUUUAUGAUUCAUUCAUGAUUUGUCUUUAUCAUGGCAUUAUCAGGAUUCAUUUAGAAACAUCUAAUCAAGGAAUACUGUAUGGGACCAAAUCAAGGAAUAUGGGACCAAAUACUAAACCUUUGACUAUUUGAAUAAGCUAUAAGUGAAUUUUUCCAAAUACUACUGACUUAUUCUCAUGGGGGAGACUAGAUACAUAUAGUGUUUUCAUAUCUAAACAGUAGAACAGAUAGGAAUAUAUAUAUGAGAAUACCCUCAAAUAAAAGGUGACAUGUUGUACUUUCACCUCAUACGAAACAUUUCAUCUCAAAUCCAAAAUUCUGGUGUAUAGAGCCAAAUAAAAAUGUUUAACUGUCCAAAUACAUAUGGAGGGGAGUGUUCUACUGGGGCCUACUUUUACAACAGCUACCUAGACAUCAUCUCCCCUCCAGGGCUACAGCAUAGUACUGUGAUGUGUCGGAAACUGACAUGUACUACCACAGAAAUCCACUCUGUCUUAAAAUAAACCUGUAUUUUCUCUAGUA